AUGAGUUACCCAGAUCCCUCACAGCCUGCACUCCCCCUAAUCCCACCCCCAUUUUCCGGCGACCCCUCCGCCGCCUUCUGGCCGCCCUUGUGGGCGGCAGCCGACCACCACCCUCCCGAUCAGCAGCCCCAAUUCAAGCGCCCCCGAACCACAAUCUCCGACAACAAUAACAACAACAGGCCCCUGAACCUUUCGGGGCCCACCAAGGGCACGAGCCACAUUUUCUACAAAACCCGAAUGUGCGCCAAGUUUAUAGACGGCACUUGCAAAAAUGGGGACCACUGCACGUUUGCCCAUGGCCCGGACGACCUCCGGGAGCCCCCUCCCAACUGGCAGGAGAUUAUCCGGGAGAAGGACAGAAGCUCCGGCCAAUCCGGCAACAGCUGGAUUGGCUGCUCGGAAAACGAGCAGCGCUUGAUCCACCGGAUGAAGAUUUGCAAGAAGUACUACAAUGGGGAGGAGUGCCCUUAUGGGGAAAGGUGCAACUUCCUCCACGAGCGUGGCCCGCCUCCGCCUCUACCUCUGCCGCUGCCUCCUCCGGCGCCGGCGAGGAGGUUCCGUCAAGCUGACGCGGUGGCUGCUUCCGAGCAGCGGGAGAGCUUUGCCAUCAGCAUCGGUGGUGAUUUUGAUCAGAGGGCGUUUUGGAAGACGAGGGUUUGUAGCAAGUGGGAGAUGGGGCAUUGCCCGUAUGGGGACAAGUGUCAUUACGCGCACGGGCAUUCGGAGUUGAGAUUUUCUGGUAAUAAUGUGGAUGAGGCAGAGCAAGUGGUGAUCAAUGCAAGCAAUAAUAAUAACAUCUCCAUACCAAGAAAUAAUGUAUCAUCUGUGUCUGGAUUUAGCACACCAACAGUGAAUUUAGCAAGUACAGUAGUGCCCAUAAACGGCGAUGCCGAGAACAAAAAGGCCUCGAAAUGGAAGUUAACGAAAAAGAUUAAUCGGAUUUAUGCCGACUGGCUCGAUGAUGCGGACCCACCACACUUCUCGGCGAAUGAAGAUUACUGA